CAGACCCAUCGUUAGUAUUUAAACUCACCCCGGGCCUCGAGAGUUAAUCAGUUUGCUUUUCAGUCUCGUCUUGGUACUUGGAAUAUAACUCUCUAGUCCUCCCAGCCGGUCUUAUACACUUUCUAAUUUUCAUCUUUUAACUUGAAAACUUAAACAAACCCAAUCAAUCAAAAUGUGUGACGAUGAAGUAGCAGCCCUUGUUGUUGACAAUGGAUCAGGUAUGUGCAAAGCCGGUUUCGCUGGUGAUGACGCUCCUCGAGCUGUCUUCCCAUCAAUUGUCGGUCGACCCCGUCAUCAAGGUGUCAUGGUCGGUAUGGGUCAAAAGGAUUCUUACGUUGGUGAUGAAGCUCAAUCAAAGAGAGGUAUCCUCACCCUUAAGUACCCAAUUGAACACGGUAUCAUCACCAAUUGGGAUGAUAUGGAAAAGAUCUGGCAUCACUCUUUCUACAACGAAUUGAGAGUUGCCCCUGAAGAGCACCCAGUCCUCCUUACUGAGGCUCCAUUGAAUCCAAAAGCUAAUCGUGAGAAGAUGACCCAAAUCAUGUUCGAAACCUUCAACACCCCAGCCAUGUAUGUUGCCAUCCAGGCUGUUCUUUCCCUUUACGCCUCUGGUCGUACCACUGGUAUCGUCCUCGACUCUGGUGAUGGUGUUUCUCACACUGUACCAAUUUACGAAGGUUACGCUUUACCUCAUGCCAUCCUUCGUUUGGACUUGGCUGGUCGAGAUCUUACUGAUUACUUGAUGAAAAUUCUUACUGAACGAGGUUACUCAUUCGUAACCACCGCUGAACGGGAAAUUGUUCGAGACAUCAAGGAAAAACUUUGCUAUGUUGCCCUCGACUUUGAGCAAGAAAUGAUCACCGCUGCCUCUUCAUCUUCCCUCGAGAAAUCCUAUGAACUUCCUGACGGUCAAGUAAUUACCAUCGGUAAUGAAAGAUUCCGUUGUCCUGAAGCCCUUUUCCAACCUUCAUUCUUGGGUAUGGAAUCAUGUGGUAUCCAUGAGACAACUUACAAUUCAAUCAUGAAGUGUGACAUUGAUAUCAGGAAAGACUUGUACGCCAACAUUGUCCUCUCCGGUGGUACCACAAUGUACCCUGGUAUUGCUGACCGAAUGCAAAAAGAGAUCACCGCUUUGGCCCCAUCAACCCUCAAAAUCAAGAUCAUCGCCCCACCCGAAAGAAAAUACUCUGUCUGGAUUGGAGGUUCCAUCUUGGCUUCCCUUUCAACCUUCCAACAAAUGUGGAUCUCAAAGCAAGAGUACGACGAAUCAGGACCCGCAAUUGUCCACAGAAAGUGCUUCUAAAUCAACAAUUUCGAGACGAAAAGAAAAAGAAAGAAGACAAAAAAAUCAAAAUCACAAAACAACAUCAACAAAAAAAAAUUUCAAAACAACGACAACAACAAAGCAAUCAGAUUGUCAAAUAUUAUCGAAACAUCAAAUUACAGCAACAAUCAAAGUUACAUCAACA